AUGAAGCCUGCGUGGAGUUCCCAGCCUCCCAGGUGGUAUAUCCACGAGCUUCCCUCCGGUAUAGCUGUAAUAUGCGUUCAGGGAGCCAGCUGUUCCCAUCCGAGUCCCCCUGGCAUCCCCGGUCACGGCUGGCCCCUCUCCCCCCCCCCCUCAGGGCCUGCGUCCAAACCUGCGGUAAGUUCCACCGCGCUGUGGGCACUCGGAGACCGCAGCUGUCUGGCACCCCCCCCCCCGCAGGGUCUGCCAGGGCUCCAGCCUCCUGCACCUCCCCAGCUACAGCAGAGUCUCCCUGGAGCUCCAGUCCCGUCCUGCCUCGCCCGCUUCCGGUCUCAUACAUGGCGCCGGUACGCGGUCCUCCGGCCACCGGUCCGCCGACGGGUCCGCGCACUCCAGCGCCACAGGACUCACAGAUUUGGGGGCAUAUUCUCCGGACCACCACCAAAUCCGAAGAUCAGGGCCGGCUCCGCGCCGAUCAGUCCGCCGCCUGAGGGGGUUCAGUCGUGGGGUCCCCCAUUCCGGGGGCCGGGCAACCCAGCUUGGGCUUCUGCCUCGUGUGCGCAGGGCGCCCCUCAUUGCUGUGCUAGUGUGGCUUGUCGGCCAUUUUGGCUCCAUCAGGGAGGACAUCGUGUGUCGAAUAUUCCCCCACCUCCAGCUCCAAAGCUUGGACUCUUAUGCUGGGAUCACCCCCCCAGCCGGGAGGGGGGGGGAGGGGAGCGGAGCCGGACCGGAAUCUCUUGCAGUUCCCUUUUAAGUUGCGGUCCCCGCUCAUGCAGCGUGUCACAGGUCUCUGGGGCUUGUUGUGCUUCAUUUGUGUUCCUUGCCAGGUUAGUGUCACAGCACUGUGUUCCCGGGUUCAUCACCUCCUGA